AUGGACUCGUCGGCGCUGCUCGUGUGGCUCCUGUACGCCAGCGUGGCGCUCGUGCUGCUGCUGCUCAGCAUGUCGCUGGUGCUCUACGCGCAGCCCAAGAACGGCGCGUCCUCGUCGCUCGCCGCCUUCGCCGGCACCUCCACGCUCAGCGCCGCGCCGCUCACCGUCUCGUCGCGCUUCGUCAACGGCGUCUGCAUCCUGGCGCUGUACAUCGCGCUGCUCUGUCUGUUCACUGCGCCCGUGGACGUCUUUCUACUGGAGAACGCUUUGCCGCACGUCCCGGCCAACGUGCGGGCAUUGCGGGUGCUGUACCAAGUGUACUUCGCGGCGUUGGCGCUGUAUUCCUUCGUGGGGGCGCCGCUAGCCUACAACUACGCCAAACAGACAGAGAUCGCGCACCUGACGCUGCGGUUCUCGGCCAGAGAUCGACUGUACGCGGCGCUCAAGCGCACGGCGUGCUUCCUGCUGGGACUGUCGCUGCUACUGGUCAUGGCUAUGGUGGUGCUGCUGUGCGGCAAGCCUGCUAGCUCGGACAUCGACUGGCUGCGGCCGCUGCUUAAGUUUUCCUCGGACCUGGAUACGUUCCUGCGUCUUCUGGUAGGCAUUCUGGCGCUCACGGGCAUGUACCUCUGGCUGUUCGUGUGCAGUCGAGGACUCGCGAGCGUGCCGUUGGUGGGGCUGCUCAUGGAGGACCACAGCAUCGAUGAGCAUAUGACGACGUUCGAAGACUUGUUGCAGGAGAACGCAAUGGAGACACAAGCGACCAAGCAGACGAGAGAGACCAUUUUGCAGAGGUAUGCUGUCGAGCAGCAGAUGAGUGGGGCGGACCAGGAGCGGCUGUCGCAGUUGAAGACCCGUGAGAAGCUUCUUGAAGAGCGACGGGAAGUUCUGAACGCAAAUCUGCGGAGGUUCGCGCUGACGGGCAAAUUGUCGUGCUGGAAGAUCCCGAUUGGCGUGGUUUUGAUGAUCCUGUCGUUGUUGAUCGUGGUUUCCAUGCUCAUCACGAGCAUCGACAAGAUGGCUCACUCCAACUUUGAGCGUGGAUUCUUGCUAAAUGCCCCUGAGUUCCCAAACCCGAUGGAUCUGUUGCUGGUGCUCGCUUCGCGCGUGUUCCCGUUGGACUACGUGGUUUUCGCUGUGCUCUUCGUGUACCUGUUCACGAUUUCGCUGGUAGUACUCAAGCGCCACGGUCUGCAGUUCCUGUGCUUCCGACUAGGUCGAUUGCAGCCGCGACUGACGUCUGCUGCCACGAUGACGAUGCUGUCGCUCGUACUGAUGCAGCUUGCUAUGGUUGGGCUGUUCGCGCUGCUCACGCUGGCACCACAGUACGCCACCUUCGGACACCAAAUGUUCGCUAAUGAUUCUGGGCGCGUCGUUCCCUGCACUUUGGAAGAGGCUGCGAAUGCUGCAGCGGCUGCGGCCAAGUCUGGAGGUCUGCCAGCUCACUGUCGGAUGACGCAGUUGGCACGGUUCUACAACACUCUAGCCGUAGAGCUCCCCAUGUUUGGCACGGCCUUCUUCGUGGGUCAAUUUUUCUUCGCUGCUGCCUUCGUGCCGUGGGUCGCCCACGCCUACUGCAUGGCCAAGAAGCUGGACGACCCCAUUGACCCCAAGCGCCAGCGGCUGCUUAGCGACUACUAA